AUGGCUGAGCCGGCGCAGCUGCAAGCAGCGCCCAGCGGCUCCCCGAGAGAGAUCAAGCAGGAACACGAGCACGAACCGACAGGCCUCGAGGGCCUCGACUUUAGCAUUCUCGCCGAACUCGCGUCAAAGCGCCCAUUCGAGGAUGUAACGCAGGACAAUCAUGAGGAGCGUGAGCAAGAGGCCAAGAGGCCCAAGACAGAGAACCCUACCACAGAGGAAGAGUCCUCCCUUGAAGAUGGACUGGCGCUGCUGGUGCAGAAUGCGCUCUCCAAUGUUGGCGACCUGGUCAGCAGAUUCAACGUCGAGCCAGAAGAGGCGCAUGGCAGCGAUCCUAUGGACGUGGAUGACGCGCAUGGGACCGAUGCUCGUCCGGCUCCUGUAUCAUUCUUGUCAGAACCGGAGAAGUACGUGCGCAUUGCGAAUACGCAUGCGCUAGGCAAUCUGGCGCUUUCAUUACUACUGAUACUGCUUCAGCAGCCCAUCGAUGACAUGUCGAAGCUGGCUGGAGAUGCGGACUCGGGUUAUGGGCGCUCGUACGGCCGGUUAAAACGAUCUUUCGAUGCGACGUGGCAGCUCUUCUCAGACGGCCAGGUGCUGUCGGCCGAUGAAUUGGAGAUACAAGAGGCAGAAGCCCGCACAUUGUUGGAACUGGCCAACAUUGCAAAGUUUGGGACUUGGUUGGUCGAGGGGGGGCUGGAUUCGUUUACUGCGGCCGUUACGCAUUUUAAUGCCGUGUUUCGAUGCCAGCUGUCAGAGCUCUCUCCUGGGCUCUCUCAGCUUUAUCUCGGGAUCAAGACUCACAGGACGAUCGAAUCGCUUCUAAUACCGGACGCAGACAAAUCAUUAAUAGGAGAGACGAUACAGUCUAAGAUGAUGGAGGGCCUGGAGGAGCCGACAGCGACGGGUGGCGAGUCAAGUUCAUCUUCUCAGCAAGAAUUAUUGGCCGCGGUCAAGUCUCGAAGAGACGUUCUUGUUGAGGAUACAAAGGACAAAGAACCAGGUACCCUGAAAGAGAAGUUUCCUACCGGCGAUGUAUUAAAGAGCUUUUCGGCGCAUGUCAAGACAACACUCGCAUCCAUGACAGAGAUUGGAGAGAAGCUAGGCAUCUCGGCGCUGCUGAGCGACGUUGCGAAUCAAGAAGCAAUACCGAGUAGCUCGGGCGAUGGGGAACUUGACCUAGACGACCUUUCUUCAUUCUUCGAGAAGACAACCUCGGGUCUAGUGCAAAAUGCUCUGGCUGGCUUAACGGAAGAGACCUCUACACAAGAGCCUCUCACGACUGAGAAUACCGAGACGCCAGUGGAGGUUACCAACGGCGAGCCGGCGCCAGAAGCACCACCAGCCGCAGCAGCAGCAGUACCAGCAACUACUACUGCCCAGCCUAGCGUUCCCAAGCUGGAUCUCAUCUCAGAUUAUAAGGAGCUGGAGGCACUGGUAGCGGAGAGCACGUCAAAUUAUGUCAAAACGACACUCAACGGCCUCUCUGCCGUUCCCUACCAACCUACAGUACCCCAGAGCACAGCCGAAACCAUGGCAGCACAAUCGCCUUAUCUGAGCCAUCUUCAUCAACACCAAUCCCAUCACCCGUAUUAUACGUCAUAUUCGGCUCAGCCACCUCCAGAGCAGCAGCCUCAACAACCUGCUGGGACCCCUGAUAACCUACCGCCGAAUCAGACGUUUCCCAGUGCCAUUCUCUACGAUAAAGCUCGCCAGGCAGCGCUAUCCAAGUCGUCGGCGCAUACAAGGAGAGAAGGACUCCACUCAACUCGACGACCUUGGACUCAGGAGGAAGAGAAGGCACUUAUGGCCGGUCUCGACAUGGUCAAGGGUCCUCAUUGGAGCCAGAUCCUGACCCUAUUUGGUCAGAGUGGAACUAUAUCUGACAUUCUGAAAGAUCGAACGCAGGUGCAGCUGAAAGACAAAGCACGAAACUUGAAGCUGUUCUUCCUCAAGACCAACUCUGAAAUGCCGUACUACUUGCAGGCUGUGACGGGAGAACUCAAGACGAGGGCUCCCACCCAGGCUGCUAGGAAGGAGGCCGAAGAGAGGGCACGGCUGAACUCUGAAGAAGAGCAGGCUAAGCUGCAGGGCAUCAUGGCGUUGGCUGGAGGGCUGCAACACCCACCUCAGCAGCAACAGCAACACCAUCAUCAACACCCGCAGCAUCAGCAUCAACAACACCAGCAGCGACAACUUCAACAACAUCAAGCCAGACCACCAGCUACUGUAGCGGCUGCGGUAGGGCAGAGUGUAGUGACGCCUGCUCAAGCCGCCAGCGCGGCGCAAUCAGCAUCUUCCGCACAGCAACAUGCCUCACACCUUCACCAAACGACACCCACGGCGACCAUGACAGCCACACCGCAAGCCAGCGUGGCACCCACCAUCAACCGUAACGGCAUGAUUCUACCCAAUACAGCGCAAAUCAAACCCGACACCCAGAUGGCGGUGCAGCAGCAAGCUUCACACCCAGCGCCGAUAGCUCCUCAACCUCCACGACCACAAACUCAGCUCCCUCCCCAGAUUCCCAGACCUCAGGCCCAGCCGCAAAUACAGCCUCAACAUUUGCCGCAGACGCCGACACAGACGCCAAUGCACACACCGAUGCAGACGCCGAUGCAGACGCCGACGCCGACGCAACAACCUUCACCGCAUCAACCACAACAGCACCAACAGCAUCAACAUCCCCAGACACAAGCCCAACCCCAAGCACAUACUCAACAACCUUUAGCUCAAGCCCAGCCGCAUACACAGACGCUUGCACAGUCUCAGCCGCAACAGCAACCGCAACAGCAGUCACAACCGCAGCCACAACUACAGCCUCAACAACUCCAAACUCCGCAACAGCCUCAACAACCUCAACAACAAUAUCAUCCGCAGCCACAGUCUUCUCCCACUGCUCAACCGGCUCGUUCGCCAGCGCUCCCACAGCAGCAAACGACACCAAGUCAGCCCGGGACGCCGGUUAUCAACAUGCAGCUCCAAAAUGGGAUGGCAGCGCAUCCUUCGCCCACCCCACCAAUUGCGUCCACACCAACACCGACUCAGCUCUCCCAGCCCAUCCAGACCCCUCCUCAACCUUUGCCCGCACCAACCUAUUCAUCUCAGCCGCAGCAGCCAUCCACGCCAGCGCAAACAGAGCUACACAAAUUCGUGUCAGCGCCGGAAGCGCCAAUGUCUCAGGCGGUAGCGGUCCAGAAUGAUGAGGCGGCUGCUGAGGCUGCUUUGAUAGAGGGUUUGCAAGCUGCUGUCGCGCAAGCGUUGGCUUCAUAA